AUGGGGAGAGAGGAUGCCAAUGUCCCAGGGGGUGGGUGUCUCCGUGAGUGGGCGCCAUCAGGGUUUCUGGAGGAGGUAGACAAUGACCGGAGGGAUCUGGAUAUGAACAGCAAAGAUGUUGAUGCUGAGAAGAUGACUCGUUUCAUUCGGAUGAAUGAGCUCCGCCUGGUGACAGAGUACAACCCUGUGACAGCAAUAGGUGUGAUGCAGAGUUCGCUCCAGCUUCACCUCCUCCUGAUCACAGACAAGAUGUCUCCAAAGUACCCCGAGCGAAUGCGCAGAUAUCGGGCGGCAGCGGAGCUCUUCAAGGGGAAGAUUCUCUUUAUCCUGGUAGACAGCAAUUUGAAGAGCAAUGAACGAACAGUGUCAUUCUUCAAACUGAAGAAGUCCCAGCUACCAGCUCUGGCUAUAUUCCAUGCACCAGAUGAGGAGCAGGAUGUGUUGACUCUGGAUGAAGUCUCUGUUGAGCGUGUACAGGACUUCUGUAAUCGUUUCUUACAAAGAAUGCAGAAGAAAGAAGACGAACCUGAGGAGAAGGCCUUCAAUGAGGAACUCUGA